AUGCCUACUGUUUUGUUGGCUGACGUGUUUAGCUGGACUUCCCUAAAAUUCUAUGCAGAUAACAUUGUUCGAGUAGGCAGUGAACGCGCACUUUUCUUCUUUUUAGAGGCUCUUGAGAAUUUUGGAUUAGCUGACCGCAUUGCCAACCUUAUCCUUACUUUGAAUUUGCCGUUUGAAUUUCUCAUAAAGGCUUUGAUACUUCUACUAAAUGGUCGCGUUUCUAGUCUCAUAAAUCCGCCUCCUAAUCCCGCUCCAGCUCAGUCCUCUUUGGUUAAACUGUCAAUUUCCGACGGCUCUCGAAAGCAGCUGGUAUCAUGGCUGGAUUCGGUCAAAGCCCAGAAGGACUCACUUAUUGACACUGAGACUCUGGACGAACUUGCCAAGGCACUCCAUUAA